AUGAUCUACGCCGCUUCUAUUUUGAUAUUUCUUGCAAUUUUAAUGAGGACCAAUGCACAAUUGGAUGCAGCAGUGAUGCCGGUGGAUCAAAGUGUCUCGUCGACUUCCGAAUCCCCAAUAAUCGAAACCAUGAUUGAUACCCCCGCAUUCCUCAAAUCAGCCACAGAUAGUCAACGGAAGGAAUACAUUGAACUCGAAGGAAACCCCAAUUUAACAUUGGAAAUGAAACAAAAAGCGCUAUACAAUUGGGCACAACGAUGCGGGAACCCGGUUAAUGGUCUUUUUACAAUGUACAUGGCUGAAAAACAAACAUUGCAGUCACAGGAAGACCAGAGGAUGUCGGUUAUUGUUUCAGGUCUCUCGGUAGAGGCUCAGCAAGCGGAUAAGAAUGUUAGGGGAAUCACCAACAACUUGAACCAGACCAAGAAAGAAAUGGAUACCAACGUGGCGAAGCAACUGAGCAAACUCCCCAAGAAGGUCUACUAUGAGCUCACUUUUGCUACUCAAUAA